AUGGAACCUUCGCCAACAGACCUUUACUCGAUUAAAGAGUGUGUAGGUCGUGGGAAUUUUGGUGAUGUUUACAAAGCUGUUGAUAAUAGAACUAGAAAAUUGGUUGCCAUUAAAGUCGUGAACUUAGAGUACACAGAUGAAGAUAUUAGUCUAUUAGCUCAAGAGAUUUUCUUUUUGGCAGAAUUGAAAUGUCCCUAUAUAACAAAUUACCUUACUACUAUUGUUGAAGAUGUCUCAAUGUGGAUUGUAAUGGAAUAUUGUGGUGGUGGAUCAUGUGCAGAUUUAAUUAAAUAUUGUUAUAAAACAGGAUUACCAGAGAUUAAAGUCUCUUUUAUUAUUAAAAAUGUUUUAUUAGGUUUACAAUAUUUACAUGAUCAGAAAAAAAUUCAUAGAGAUAUAAAAGCUGCAAAUAUUUUGUUGACUGACUCAGGUCAAAUUAAAUUAGGGGAUUUUGGUGUAAGUGGAAAAAUGACAGCAACCUUAAAGAGAGAUACGUUUGUUGGAACUCCCUAUUGGAUGGCACCUGAAGUUAUUAGUCGUGAAAUUAAUGACGGUUAUGAUGAAAAGGCAGAUAUUUGGUCUCUUGGUAUUACUACUUAUGAGCUAUUAAAGGGUUUACCGCCAUUGUCUAAAUAUGAACCAAUGAAAGUGAUUGCUAAUUUAGUUAAGAGGAAAUCUCCAAAAUUACAUGGGAUGUUUAACCCCUUCACAAAGAACUUUAUUGCAAAAUGUUUGAUUAAGGAUCCGCAUGAAAGACCUGGUACUACAGCAUUAUUAGAAUCUGAAUUUAUUCUUUUCUAUAAGGAUCAUAUUAAAGAUAUUAAGGAUGAUGUUGAUAUUUGUAAAAAUAUCAAAGCAAGAGAUCGUAAUUAUUUUAAUAGACAACCAAAAUUUUCCAUUAAUGAUAAGUUUUAUAACACAUUAUGCCAAAUUGAUGAACCAAUUUGGGAUUUUAACUCAAUGAGAGCAGGUCCAGUUAUCGAUUCUGCCAUUUCUUCCGAUACUUCAAACUCGAAUCAUAAUUGGAGUCCCAUCACAGAUAACAUGAAAAAUGAAACAAUUACUCCUAUUACAAUGGAGAGUGAUACACAGAGAUCUUUUAAAAAACUAAAACAAUAUAAUCCUUACGAACUAGGUUCUGGGAUGGAUAUAGAUUCUGAUAAGAAUCCUGAAGAUGAACCUUGCAAUUUGAAACCGGUCAAUAAAGAAAACGAAUUAACAAAUAUAGAUUAUUUCAAGAAUGUGAUUUCUUAUUGUUUAGGGCGUAUGAGUGAAAGAGCCAAGGAUGUCGAAACAAGACAAAGAGUAAUUCAUUUAUUACAACAAUUUAGCGAAACUGAGUCUAAUGUACCAGGCUUAAGCGAAGUGUUUAUGGAAGAAGUGAUGUUAAGAAUGGACCGUAUCAACACUUACCUUACCAAUAAAUAA